AUGGGUUUUGGGGCCUCAUGGCGCCGCAAAAAGGAAGAGCUGUCCCCGGCCGAGAUCGAGCUCCAGGGCCAGAUCGACUCGAUGAGUAGCGCGUUCCGCUCGACGCAGGAGACGACCGCCCAGUUCGAGCUGUACUACCAGAAGAUCCGGCAGCGCGACCUGAACCUGAUGCCGUUGAUGCAGCUGCGCCAGGAUUUUGUUAAUGCCGAAGGCGGAAUGACAUCCGCCUGGACCCGAGAUUUCCUCCAGCGCACAGCCGUCGUCCUCGACGAUCUGUCGCGUAAGGAAAAGGAACACGCCGACAAGACAUACGCCCAGGCGUGGCACCCCAUCAAGGCGUGGUUCCAGGACGAGUACGGGAAUUUUAUGCUGGACGUGAACCGCUGGCCAAAGGUGCGGCGCGAGUUCUUCGAGGCGCGCCAGAAGCAGACCUCCAAACCGAGCCCCACCACGCAGAUGGCGUUGGAGAAGGCCGCCGAGAAGUAUAAGAUGCAACUCGAGAUCAUCCAGGGCAAACUCAGCUCCCAGAAGAACAUCCAAAAGCACCACCAGCACUGCGUGAGCAACUACUUCAACGAGUUGCUGGACUACCACAAGUCGUUCCACCGCAGCAACCUCGAGAUCCUCCGCCACCUCCGCCGCCUGCUCGACAAGAACAAGCCGAACGAGACGGAGACGUACACCGAGUUGCCGCCCGAAUACCUGGAGGCCGCCAAGAAGCGCCUCGAUGAGGCCAAUAUUCCAAAGACGAAGGCGGGCACCCCGAAGAAGCAGGCCUCACGCGAGGACACCGGCCGAUCCACGAUGAGCCAAGUCAAUACCCUGAAGCAGUCGCCGAAG